UUCCCCAUAGGAAUCUACCACCGUCUCCUGCUUUAUUUAAAUAAAGCCAACCUCUCCGGCUCAUACGCGGGGGAGCUUUAAGCUUAACCCGCGUCUCCCGAGGACUGCGGGCACAGCGGGUGACAAAGGCGCCCGCGGCUCUCGGGCCCGCCGGGAGCGCCGGCGCGGGGCACGGGGCGGGGGCGGCCGCGCAGGGUUUAAAUGCCCCGCGGGGGCGGCGCGGCCCGGCCCGGCCCGCCCGUCCCCGCCCCGCUCAGCUGACAGCGGGGCCGGCGCUGCCGCCCGCCGGAGCCGCGCUCGGAGCCGCCGCUCGGUGCCCGCCUGCGCGGCCCCGCCGGGGAUGGGGGGCGGCGCGCCGUGAGCGGCCCGAGCCGCGCUGAGCCGCCCGGAGCCGCCCGGAGCCGCCGCCGGGAUGAGCGGGAGCGGCAACCCCGGGCCCGGCGCGGCGCCCUGCCGCUUCGCCCACUACUUCGUGCUGUGCGGCAUCGACGCGGAGAGCGGGCUGGAGCCCGACGAGCUGGCAGUCUUGUACCAAUAUCUACAAGCAGAACUCCAUGGCAAGAGCUCAGACACUGCAGACAAAACCUCAGGAGAGAAUUUUGACCAGAGUCCCCUAAGAAGAACCUUCAAGUCCAAAGUUUUGGCCCAUUAUCCUCAGAACAUCGAAUGGAACCCCUUCGACCAGGAUGCUGUCAACAUGCUGUGUAUGCCCAAGGGGCUGUCCUUCAGGACGCAGGCGGAUAACCGAGACCCGCAGCUGCACUCGUUCAUCAUCACCAGGGAGGACGGCUCCCGCACCUACGGCUUCGUGCUCACCUUCUACGAGGAGGUCACGAGCAAGCAGAUCUGCACGGCCAUGCAGACGCUGUACCAGAUGCACAACGCCGAGCAGUACGGCAGCGUCUGCGCCUCCUCCUCCUGCAGCAUGGACUCCCUGGCCAGCAGCAUCGACGAGGGCGACGCCACCUCCCUGGCCAAGCUCCAGCGCUACAACUCCUACGACAUCAGCCGGGACACGCUCUACGUCUCCAAGUGCAUAUGCCUCAUCACCCCUCUGCCCUUCAUGCAAGCCUGCAAGAAGUUCCUGAUCCAGCUCUACAGGGCAGUGACCUCCCAGCAGCCGCCUCCUCUGCCCCUGGAGAGCUACAUCCACAACAUCCUCUACGAGGUGCCCCUGCCGCCCCCGGGCAGGUCGCUCAAGUUUUAUGGGGUUUACGAGCCCAUCAUCUGCCAGAGACCUGGGCCCAACGAGCUGCCGCUCUCUGACUACCCUCUGAGGGAGGUCUUCGAGCUGCUGGGCCUGGAGAACCUGGUCCAGGUCUUCACCUGUGUUCUUCUGGAGAUGCAGAUCCUUCUGUACUCGCAAGAUUAUCAGCGUCUGAUGACAGUGGCAGAGGGAAUCACAACGCUGCUGUUCCCGUUCCAGUGGCAGCAUGUGUAUGUCCCCAUCCUUCCUGCCUCCCUGCUGCAUUUUCUGGAUGCUCCUGUCCCCUACCUGAUGGGGCUGCAGUCCAAGGAGGGAACCGACCGCUCCAAGCUGGAGCUGCCUCAGGAGGCAAACUUGUGCUUUGUAGACAUCGAUAACCAUUUCAUCGAACUGCCAGAGGAAUUCCCGCAGUUCCCCAACAAGCUGGAGUUUAUCCAGGAAAUCUCCGAGGUUCUCCUGCAGUUCGGGAUCCCUCCAGAAGGCAACCUGCAUUGCAGUGACAGCGCCACCAAACUCAAGAACCUGGUUCUUAGUGACCUGGUGAACGACAAGAAGAACGGGAACAUCCCCAGCAACGCCCUCAACAUGUACGAGCUGCUGAAAGGCAACGAGACGAUCGCCCGCCUGCAAGCCCUGGCCAAGAGAACGGGCGUGACCAUGGAGAAGAUGACCAUCAGCAGCCCCCUCACAGAGGAGAAGGAUGGGAAGCUGUCGUGUGAGGAGCUGGAGCUGAGGGACUACAAGCUGAACGUGCAGCUCCGCGAGGUGUUCGCCAACCGCUUCACGCAGAUGUUUGCCGACUACGAGGCUUUCGUCAUCCAGGCUGCCCCCGACAUGGAGUCGUGGCUGACAAACAGGGAACAGAUGCAAAACUUUGACAAAGCUUCCUUCCUUUCGGACCAGCCCGAGCCUUAUCUCCCAUUCCUUUCACACUUCAUCGAAACACAGAUGUUUGCAACCUUUAUAGACAAUAAGAUAAUGUCCCAGUGGGAAGAGAAGGACCCUUUUCUACGAGUUUUUGACUCCCGAAUUGAGAAAAUAAGGCUAUAUAACGUCAGGGCCCCUGCACUGCGGACAUCCAACUACCAGAAAUGCAGCACUUUGAAAGAAGCAGGUCAGCUGUCUAUUCAGCGUCUAGUUUUGGCAGAUAUUGUGGCACCAGAACCUCAUUUUCUGUCUUGUGAAAAGCAGCAAACUGAUACCCAGUCCAUCGAGCAGCGCCUGAUGAAGAUUGACCACACGGCCAUCCACCCUCACCUGCUCGACAUGAAGAUUGGCCAAGGGAAAUAUGAGCAAGGGUUUUUCCCAAAGCUGCAGUCAGAUGUCUUGGCAACGGGACCCACCAAUAACAACCGCUGGGCCAGCCGCGGCAGCACCACGCAGCGGAGGAAGGACCGCCUGCGGCAGCACUCGGAGCACAUCGGCCUGGACAACGACGUGAGGGAGAAAUACAUGCAGGAGGCAAGGAGUUUAGGCAAAAAUUUAAGGCAGCCCAAACUGUCAGACCUGUCUCCAGCUGUGAUUGCACAGACCAACUGGAAAUUUGUGGAAGGGUUGCUGAAGGAAUGUCGAAUGAAGACUAAACGCAUGUUGGUAGAGAAGAUGGGCCAUGAAGCAGUUGAGCUGGGACAUGGAGAAGCCAAUAUAACAGGUCUGGAGGAAAAUACACUGAUUGCCAGUCUCUGUGAUCUGCUAGAAAGAAUCUGGAGCCAUGGUCUGCAGGUUAAGCAGGGGAAAUCUGCACUGUGGUCCCAUUUGCUUCAGUACCAGGAGAGAGAAGAGAAGCAAGAGCACAGUGCAGAGUCUCCAGUUGGUGGUGGAACAGAAAGACGAAAGUCUGAUACAGGAAUUACUCUGCCUACAUUGAGGGUUUCUCUGAUACAAGAUAUGAGGCACGUUCAGAACAUGAGUGAGAUAAAGACUGAUGUGGGGCGAGCCCGUGCCUGGAUAAGACUUUCUCUGGAGAAGAAGCUUUUGUCUCAGCAUCUGAAGCAGCUGCUUUCCAACCAGGCACUUGCAAAGAAACUUUACAAGCGUUACGCUUUCCUGCGCUGUGAGGAAGAACGGGAGCAGUUUCUGUAUCACCUGCUCUCACUCAAUGCUGUGGAUUACUUCUGCUUCACAAGCGUCUUCACUACAAUCAUGAUCCCUUACAGGUCAGUGAUAAUUCCCAUCAAAAAACUCAGCAAUGCAAUAACCACAUCAAACCCGUGGAUAUGUGUGUCAGGAGAGCUGGGAGAUAGUGGUGUCAUGCAGAUUCCUAAAAACCACCUAGAAAUGACGUUUGAGUGCCAGAACUUGGGGAAGCUGACGACGGUUCAGAUUGGUCAUGACAACUCAGGGCUACUGGCCAAGUGGCUGGUUGAUUGUGUCAUGGUCAGGAAUGAAAUAACAGGACACACGUACAAGUUCCCCUGUGGGCGGUGGCUGGGAAAAGGCGUUGAUGAUGGCAGUCUGGAGCGCAUCCUCAUCGGGGAGCUGGUGUCCUCCACGUCUGAUGAGGAGCUGGGGAAGCAGUGCCGCACCCCGCCCCAGCAGAAAUCUCCCACUGUGACUCGCCGGCUGAGCAUCACUUCCCUCACAGGGAGGAACACCAAGCCUAAUGCGGGGCAGAUCCAAGAGGGAAUCGGGGAAGCUGUGAACAAUAUUGUGAAACACUUCCACAAGCCAGAAAAAGAGAGAGGGAGCCUUACCAUUCUGUUGUGUGGAGAAAAUGGUCUGGUUGCAGCGCUGGAGCAGGUCUUCCACCAUGGAUUCAAAUCAGCUCGCAUUUUUCAUAAGAAUGUCUUCAUCUGGGAUUUCAUAGAGAAAGCUGUUGCUUACUUUGAAUCCAGUGAUCAGAUUGGAGACAAUGAGGAGGCCCUUUUGCUUCAGAGAUCUUCAUGCAAAACCUUCUGUCAUUAUGUCAGUGCCAUCAAUACAGCUCCAAGGAACAUUGGAAAGGAUGGCAAAUUCCAAAUCCUGGUUUGCCUGGGGACAAGGGACCACCUGCUGUCUCAGUGGAUCCCGCUGCUGGCAGAGUGCCCGCCCAUCACCAGGAUGUACGAGGAGAACGCCCUCCUCCGGGACCGCAUGACUGUCAACUCCCUGAUCCGAGUCCUACAGACACUGCAUGAUUUCAACAUCAUCCUAGAAGGAUCGCUCAUUAAAGGAGUGGAUGUUUAGCAUGGCUUGGCUGAGAACUUCAUUACUCCUUUCCCAAAACAGCAGACCACAAUUGGAGACCUGUCAGGACUUGAAUGACAUGGUAGUGCACCACUGUAAGGCAGAGCUGCUGGUGGAAGCAGGAUUGGGAAGCCCGGUUUGUGCCCGAUGGGACUGGCCUCUAAAGCUGCAGAAAGCUGAGAUGCAGUAUUGUAGUUUAUUUGAAACAGAAAUUUAGUACAAAAAAUAGAGUAUUUUCAUGUGUUAGAUGUGUGUAAAUAUGCUAUCUUCUUUAAGAAAUUAUAUUACUCUAAGAAAUUUUUCUUAGACUGAAUGUUCUUGUUCUGACUAUGAGUAGCUUAAACCCAGGGGAAGGACUUGGGGGAGGGAGGGAAGGACCAAGGUGGGAAGGGAUGCCGCUACUUGCUUGCGAGGAAGAAGCCAAUCAACGUGUAAAUACAGCGCAAACUCAGCAGGGCUUUUUUCAGGUAUUGCAGAUUAAUACAGCAAAUAUCCUUAUGUAGCCAUUGUGAUCCUGUCACUCUUGGAAAUGCUGUAAGCAUAUGCUGGUUUACCCUACUGUACAUGGUCUCUCUUAGUUUGUUGUUUGUUCAGAGACUCACCUUCCCAUGCAUGGGAGUAGCGAGUCGUCAUUUCUUUUCUGUAAGGUCUUUUGUGUCACUCCUGUUGAUCUCCAAAAGGGGAAACAAGUGUUGGAAUGCUUAAACACUGGAGAGAAGGACUGCUGUCAGCCUCGGAGCCUGAGAGGAUGAGAUACCUGUUGAAGCCUUGCUGCUGCAGCCUGAGAUGGGGAAUGGUGGCUUGCUUGACUCGCUCCAUGUGUCCCUUCCCUGUCUAGAUGUUCUCAUGAUUCACCCUCAGCUAGUUUGUGUUGUGGAUGACCAUUUUUCUUCCCCAUGAUGAGGAAUUUGGCUUAUACCAAAUUCUUGCUGUACUUGAGAAGAAUCGUUGCUGUAGAGCCACAAACACUGCUGUUGCUGUGCUACCGAACUGGCUUGGAAGUGCUGACAGGUUAUGAGUCUUCCUUUAUCCUGCAGAAUGAGUGUUCCUAGGGGAGUACAGGGUCUUGGAUGACCUUUUUUUUUUUUUUUUUUAAUUAUCCAGCUACAAAAAUAAAAGGAAUUAAGCAAAAGGAGGGGGAAAAAUUAAUGUCAUGUUGGUAUUUUGAGGCUUCUGUCCGACACUCUUUCCAGUUAAUAUGUUACUAAUACAGUGCAUAUAUAGAGAUACAGCUCUUGAUGAGGAAUUGGGAGCAACUGUAUGAUACAAAGUGAACAAGAGAUUAUAUCAAAAUCAUUUUGUGAAUACCAUGCAGUAAAUAUGGAGUAUAUUUUCCAUUCUUGUGGAUGGGAGUUGGAAGGGUCUGAGGACACAGUUAGAUUCACCUGGUUGUAAUUUUUGGAAGUUAGUUUAAAUACAGGUUUUUGUUUUCACUUGUUUAUUCCCUGCAAUGUUGGGCAUUUGGUCAGUGGAUUCUUUGGAUGUCUCACUGUCAGCUGAGGCUUGGGAAGGGCCCCUGACUGGAUCUGUAAGUGUGUUGCCUUGCACUGUGCUCCCAAGUGGCGUUUGCAAGGGCUUGGCAAUGGUGGACAGUGGCAGGUCUUGGCGUAGUGUGUGCAUGGUGGAAAGAGGAUGAAAAUAAGGAUUUACUUUCUCACCUGCCUUUUGUCAAGCUUCUCCACUUUCCUGUGGUCCUUCUGCUGCCCAGUUUGUAGAACAGCACUCACUUCAGUGUCAAAGUUUCUCCUCAGACUCCCAACCAGAAGAAAACUCUUCAUGUAACUUUGUUUCAGUGGAGAGUUUUAUGUUAUAGAAGCCUUUUUGUUUCUAAGAAAGGAGUAAAAUAACACUGUCAAGGAGCCUUCCACUUUAGUGAGGGUUCCAGCUUUCAGUAACCAUUCUUUCCUCCUGAGCUUGUGCUUCCUUAAACUGACUGAACUCAUCCCAAAUACUGCAGGCAGCACUGCCAUGUCGCUGCUGUGGGUGUGAAUAACUAAUGUAAAGGCUGUGAAUGGUGUCUCCAGUUAGUAGCCAGAGCCCACAGCUGUGUGACAGCUCUCUUACAUUUCCAGAAAUGUGAAAUUUGGGGUGUUAGGAUUUUCUGUGUGGCCAGGCAUGUCUGCUUAGAGUCAGCAGACAUGCAUGACAACCCUUCAGCAGCAAUUGCAAAUGUGUCCCUGUACUUAACUCUAUCAAUGAAUUAUACAUUUAGCACCAGAAACCAUGUGGCAGCAUUAUUUGGUAAUGACUGCUUAGGAUGUUCUGAUUUCUAUUACUACUCAGGCCUUUCAUGUCUAAUGACUGCUAUACAGGAUUUUUUCACACCCAGCCCAGUCUUAAGUGACUUUCAUUUUACUGAAAUUACCACCUCUUUAGUCUUUGGAUUUCUUCACAGCAUCGUCUGCAUUUGCAGGCUGGAUGCUUCCCAAAGUACACUGCUGCAGACUUCUCCAAAGGCUGUGUAUGACUGGAGCAGUCGGAACAUUCAUCUGACAUGACAAGGGUUAAGUGCAAGCAGGAUAAAGGAGAAAUGUAGACACCUCUAGAGGUCAUUCAUUUAAAUGAACAAACCACACGCAGAGAAAAAAGGCAAUAACUACGUGAAAUCUUUCUUAAGUUAAAAGAAGUCAAAACCUGGGAAUUUUUAAAAUUCAAAUCAGGGCCUUUCCCCAUUUCAGACUACAUUAAGAAACCUUUACCACUUAACACAACUUCACCUCAGCUUUUUCAGCAAGUGUUGACUUGUUUGGUUUUGUCAGGUUUCACAUCAUAUUAAUAAUAAUACAAUAAAAAUUAUGUAUGUCUCAUGUUUCCUUGUAGGCAAUAAACCACCCCAAGAUAUGUUGAAAGGGGCACAGCUGAAUGCCUCAGAUUCCUAGACCAGUUAUUUGACAACGUUGGGAGAAUGGUUCUUCAUAGUGAAUUUGUGUUCUACCAUGUAGGAUUUUUUUUAAGUGGACUACUUUUGUUGAUUGGAAACUGUGAGGUUUUUUCUGUAAGGUUUACAGAAAUCAUUCUACCCACUAGAAUGGUGAGAAACCCAUCAGGAUUCUUCUAAGCGAACACAGUUUUUACUUCAGUGUUAAAGCACCUUCUUUGGUUGAGAAAGGGAAUCUUGGAAAAGACCAAAGCUCUCUGGUAUCUGCUUUUUAAAAAAACAAAAAAAAUCCUAUCCAAUGCCUGUCUGCAGAUGUCUGAGUUUGCAUAGUCCAGUUGUACUAACAGCCAGCAUGGUAACUUGAGGGAGUCAGAGAAUCAAAUGCCUCACUGUGUACAAAAUGUGUAUUUAUAAUUCUCUGAAAUAAAUGAAGUUGUACUGUUUAGUGAAAAAUCUACUCAUGUUAUUCCAGGUUGGUUUGUGUAAUUAGCUAUCAUAGUUCAAAAAUGUGUUUUUAGGGUAGUUGUGUGGCGGCAUAUUUGAAAAAAUUCCUUCUUUCAAUCAAAUGAAGGUGCGCAUCGUGAGGGGAAAUAUUGUGUGUUACACUUGAAAUGUACAAAUGUGCCCUGUAUAGCUUAAAAUGAUCCCUAAACGUCUCCACUGAGUAUAUUUUGUCUUUACAUUAUUACUAACGGAAUAAGAACUGGAUUGUUUUCAAGACAACAUUAGUAAAAGUAUUGUUAUAUCAAGCACUUUAACAUACACACCACAAACCGACAUGGUUUUUUCAGGUUUUGAAGUACAUUGAAAUACAGCUUUUCAUGCUAUGUCCUUUACAAAUAAAACUGUGAGAAUAAUGGUUGGUGUCACUUUCUCCUUGCAGAGGAGCCAAGAGAUUCAGGUCUCGAGCUGAGGAGCUGAUCUGAGCCUGGAGGGAACACACUGAACAGAAUGAUCCAGCUGGUGCUGACUCUGGUUGUGGGAAGUUGCUGGAGCAAAGCUGGGGAGAAGGAGGUGUGAGGGACGGUCCCCAAAACCAGCCCUUCUGCCUCCCCUGACACAAAAGGGAGGCAGGCACCGUGCUGAGCCUGAGCAGCUUUUUAUUCCAAGGCUUGAGUGGGAAACAUGGCUGAUUACAGGGAAGAAAUGGGAUCAGAGUGAAGCUGAGCUCUUACCAGGGUGACGUUCACUAGGCAACCAGGGUUGCUGUGCCCUGAGGAUCUGGAGGAAUGGGCAGAAGAAAGAUGAGAUUAACCUGUAGCAAAGGGUCUUCUCUUUCCUCUCUUGACGUGAGUUGUUCUCAUAUUUGAACUCAGGGUUAAAAUGGAUUAAAAUGCAGGAGUGAAGCUCAUGCUCUCCAGUCUGUCCAGUAGCAUGUUGUGGAAGAGGAAAGGUUGAUGGACAAGAGAGAGAUGGUUGCCUGCAAAAAAAAAAAAAAAAAAGGUGCAAAGAAAAAAAAAAAAAAAAGACAGUAAAA